AUGCGGCGUUGGGCAGUGCUGCUUGCUGCCCUGCUGCUGGCGACCCUGCUGUUGUCGGCCCGGAGCAGUGAAGCUCCGAAGCAGGCCGGCGGCUCAACCGAUCAAGGCACGCACCAGGAGCACGAGGCGGAGCCGGCAGACGUGCAAGAGCAGCACCAGCACGAGGCGGCGGCGGCCAGCGAGCAGCCGCAGGCACCGGCGGCAGCACUGCAAGGCCCCCAGGACGACAGCGUCCGCUGCCGGCUAUCAGGCAUCUGCGAGGGCCAGCACGUGGCCUGCAGUGGCGGGGCCGAUGGCGCCAAUGGCAACGAGGGGGUGGGUCCUCCCGACCCGCUGGCCUGCCUCACCUCUGCCGCCGACCGUGCCGCUGCGGUGCAGCAGGCCGCCAGGCAUGCCUGGGACGGCUACAGGGCGUGCGCGUGGGGCGAGGAUGAGCUGCAGCCGCUGAGCUGCACGGGGGUGCACUGGCUCAACCUCUCCCUCACCAUGGUCGACUCCCUGGACACGCUGCACCUGCUGGGCAUGCGGCAGGAGUUUGAGGAGGCGGCAGGGUGGGUGGUUGACCAGCUGGACGUGGGGGCCCCUGCCGCGGUCAACCUGUUUGAGACCACCAUCCGCAUUCUGGGCGGCCUGCUGUCGGCGCAGGCGCUCAGCGCCGCCUCCCACCCGGCUCUUUCCCGCCGCCUGGCUGAGAAGGCGGCUGAGCUGGGCGCUCGCCUGCUGCCCGCCUUCAGCUCGCCCUCAGGUGGGCCGGGGAUCACGGGCCACGCCGCCUUCGAGCGGGCGCCGCUGGCUGUGCACGAGCAGCUGAAGGGGCACGUGGCUGUCGGCGGCGGCCUGCUGGGCCAGUACUUCAACCCCAUGACGGGGAAGGCCACCCACAAGCACGGGGCCACCAUUACGCUGGGCGCCCGGUCCGACUCCUAUUACGAGUAUCUCCUGAAGCAGUGGCUGCUGACUGGGAAGAGCGAGGACUGGCUGCGGAACCGAUACAUCCAGGCCAUGCAGAGCGUGCGCAGCAGGCUGCUCAAGCGCACGGCGGCGGCUGGGCGGCCCGGGCUGUGGUACCUGGCUGAGCAGGCAAAGGGCGGGGGGCUGAGCGGCAAGAUGGACCACCUUGUGUGCUUCCUGCCGGGGCUUCUGGCCCUGGGCGAUUACCACGGCCUCAGCACGCAGCAGGGUGGCUUGCCUGGAGGCAGCCAGGACGAUGCCAGCAGUGGCGGCAGCGAGGGAGCAGCCGGCGCCGAGCCAGGCGCGGCGCAGCAGCGGCAGCGGCGGCAGGCGCAGGGCGGCGGCGGUACCAACAUGCCUGACCUGCAGCUGGCUGCUGAGCUGGCGCUGACGUGUUACGAGCUGUACCGCCGUACGCCAGCGGGCCUGGCCCCAGAGAUUGCGCACUUUGCAAACAACUCUGACCUGCAAGACUUUCCAAACCGCCACGUGCAUGAUGUGGGCCACGGCGACUUCUCCAUCAAGCCCAAGGACGCGCACAACCUGCUGCGCCCCGAGUCCAUCGAGUCUUUCUACCUGCUGUGGAAAGUCACGGGGGACCCUCAGUACCAGCAGUGGGCCUGGCAGGUGUUCCGGGCCCUGCAAAAGUGGGCCAAGGUGCGGCCAGAGGACCGCGAGCGGCAGUGCGCCACCUGCAAGGCGGCGGCCGCCCAUGAAGCCCUCCAGGCGCGAAGGGCGGCAGCCGAGGCAGCGGCGACCAGGCACGUGGCCCGGGCGGCGGCGGCGGCAGCCGCGGCGGCAGCGGCAGCAACCCACAGUGAGCAGCCUGCUGGUGGCGAGUCAACGCCUGCUAGUGAGGUGGGGCAGCAGCCGGAACAGCAGGCGGAGCUGGACAGCAGGCAGCAGGCAGACUCACCUCCUGGGGUGGGGCAGCAGCAGGAGCAGGCGGAGCAGGACGUGCGGCAGCCGCGCGAGGCGCCAUGCAGCGCUUGCAGCGCCGCGGGCGGCUACAGCAGCCUGGAGUCGGUGCUGAGUGUACCGCCUCCGCGGCGGGACAAGAUGGAGUCUUUCUUCCUGGCGGAAACAGUCAAGUACCUGUACCUCAUAUUUGCCGAGCCGCCAGACCGAUGCCUGCACCCCACCUGCCCGGCUGAACACGGCAAUGGCGGCGGUACUGGCAGCAGCGAAAGCGAAGACGACGGCGCCAGCCGGCAGCGGCAGCCACCGCUGCUGCCGCUGGGAAGCUUUGUGUUCACCACGGAAGCGCACCCGCUGCCCCUGGUGGGCCCUCUGGCGGCAUCGCUGGUGCUGCCGCAGUGGGAGCCAGAGCGCCGGCUGCUGUACCCCUUUGGGGAGCCCCAGGCACAGGCGGAGGGAGUCGCUGGCGAUGUCAGCAGCGGCAGCAGCAGCAACAGAACUUCUGACGCCGAGGGUGCAGCGCAGCAGCAGGCCAAUUCAGAGCAGCCGCAACAACAGGAAGAGCAUCAGGCACAGCAGCAGCCAGUGGAGCAGCAGUCUGGUGCAGGCGGCGGAGAAGAGGGUGGCGGCACUGCAGAAAAAGCAGCAGCGGCGGCGGCAGCGGCCACCAGCGCUGGUGAGGAUGCUGCUGAGUUGUAA